GCAAGCAGUCGGAAUCCAGUACAGAGACACGUCUGCUGCCAAAACCCUUCAUAACAUUGCUUACGAUGUGGUUGACAAAUUGCGACGCCUCGCUAUCCUCGUCGACUGUGAUAUCUCGUAUUUGGCGGCAACCAAGUGCGAAUCCAGCGACGAUUUCUUUGCGGUCGCAGAACCCAUCGAGGCAUUCUUCUCUGCGAUUGAAGCAUGCAGUCAAAACGAGCGGAUCGUGUUCGUCCUCCUUGUGGGCAAAACAUCCAUUCUAGAUGAGAUGCCGACGAGACCCGUUCAACUACGGGGGUGUGAUAUUCCAUGA